CUCUCUUCUGCGUGGGCUGCGGCCACCGGUGGGGAACGCGGUGCGAUGCGGGUUCCCUGCCAGCAGAGCCCGGUGCUGGCGGGCAGCGCCGCCCUGGCCGCCCUGGGGGCAUUGGUCCUGUACCUGGCGGAGCCCUCCGGCUACGGGAAGUACUCGGAGCGCGCAAUGCCCGCGGCUACUCGCCUACCAGCCCGCGCAGCCUGGUUCCUGCAGGAGUUGCCAUCCUUCGCGGUGCCUGCGGGGAUCCUCGCCCGGCAGCCGCGCGCUCUCUUCGGCCCUCCGGCCACCGUGCUUCUGGGCCUCUUCUGCGGACAUUACUUCUACAGGACAUUUGUUUACUCAUUGCGUACUAGAGGGAGGCCUUUUCCAGUUGUGCUCCUCGUCAAAGGCUUUGUUUUCUGCAUGGGAAAUGGACUUCUCCAAGGCUACUAUCUGAUUUACUGCGCUGAAUACCCUGCUGAUUGGCACACAGACAUACGGUUUAGCCUGGGUAUCUUCUUAUUUAUUUUGGGAAUGGGGAUCAACAUUCAUAGCGACUGUAUACUGCGCCAGCUCAGGAAGCCUGGAGAAGUCAUCUAUAGGAUUCCACAAGGUGGCUUGUUUACCUACGUUUCUGGAGCCAAUUUCCUUGGUGAGAUCAUUGAAUGGAUCGGCUAUGCCCUGGCCACGUGGUCACUCCCAGCGCUUGCAUUUGCCUUUUUCUCACUUUGUUUCCUUGGGCUACGAGCUUUUCACCACCAUAGGUUCUACCUCAAGAUGUUUGAGGAUUACCCCAAAUCUCGGAAAGCCCUCAUUCCAUUCAUCUUUUAAAGAAACCAAAUAAAAAGGAACAGAGCUCCCACCUGA